GGGAUAGCCUAUCUAAAACACUAGCCUCCAUUAAAUUCCCUAUAAAAGGUUCCUGUCCUGCUGACCUGGUACUCCAUACAUCGCCUAACAGCCACUUGCUCAGCCUGCCUGUGCAUUAGCUUGAGUCCAAAGAUGCCCCAGUUAUUGCAAAACAUUAAUGGGAUCAUCGAAGCCUUUGGGCGCUAUGCCAGGACCGAGGGCAGCUGCACAGUGCUCUCCCAUGGGGAGCUGAAAAGACUCCUGGAACAUGAGUUUGCUGAUGUCAUUGUGAAACCCCAUGAUCCUGCCACUGUGGAUGAAGUACUGCGCCUGCUGGAUGAAGAUGAUACAGGAACUGUGGAAUUCAAGGAAUUCCUGGUCCUGGUGUUUAAAGUCGCCCAAGCCUGUUUCAAGACAAUGAGCAAGAGUCCUGCGGGGGCUUGUGUAUCUCAAGAGUCUGGAAGCCUCCCCAGUGGGGCCUCACAAGAGCUGGGGAAAGAACAGAGCAGGAGAGCUGAAGUGGGGCAGGCUAGAGAAGGACAGCAUCGUGAGGGGAGCCAAUGUGGACAGAGCACGCAGGCUUCCAGAGGACAGGCAGGGGCUGGGGCGCAGAUCUAUGGUCAGGAUCUUGGCCAGGACAGGCAGUCUGAAUCUCAGAGACAAGAGAGAGAGAGUCAGCAGACACAAGCUGGGGGACAUGUGCAGCAGACACUGAGAGUGGGAGAAGACAAGAUUCACCAGACCAGACAGAGGGAGUCAGAGAGACAGUCACAGACCAGGGAACAAGACAGAACACACCAGAUAAGUGAAACAGUGACUGGAACUGGAACUCAGAACCAGACAUAUGCGACCCAGACUGUGGAACAGAACAGAAGCCAUCACAUAGGAAGCCCUGGCACACAGCCACAGGAGUCUACCCAUGGCCAGACCAGAGAGACUGAGGUCCAGAAUCAAGACAGGAGCCAGACAAGCCAGACAGUAACAAGAGAACAUUUUCAGACACCAGGAGGUGCUACCCAGGCUAUACAGCAGGACAGGAGCCGUCAGAUAGGAAGCCUUAGCACACAGCCACAGGAGUCCACCCAUGACCAGACCAGAGAGACUGAAGUCCAGAAUCAAGACAGGAGCCAGACAAGCCAGACAGUGACAGGAGAACAUGUUCAGACACCAGGAGGUGCCACCCGGGCUGUGGAGCAGGACAGAAGCCAUCAUAUAGGAAGCCCUAGCACAGAGCCACGGGAGUCCACCCAUGGCCAGACCAGAGAGACUGAGGUCCAGAAUCAAGACAGGAGCCAGACAAGCCAGACAGUGACAGGAGAACAUGUUCAGACACCAGGAGGUGCCACCCAGGCUGUGGAACAGGACAGAAGCCAUCACAUAGGAAGCCCUGGCACACAGCCACAGGAGUCCACCCAUGGCCAGACCAGAGAGACUGAGGUCCAGAAUCAAGACAAGAGCCAGACAACCCAUACAGUAACAGGAGAACAUGUUCAGACACCAGGAGAUGCCACCCGGGCUGUGGAGCAGGACAGAAGCCAUCAUAUAGGAAGCCCUAGCACACAGCCACAGGAGUCCACCCAUGGUCAGACCAGAGAGACUGAGGUCCAGAAUCAAGACAGGAGCCAGACAAGCCAGACAGUGACAAGAGAACAUGUUCAGAGACCGGGAGGUGUCACCCAGGCCAUACAGCAGGGCAGGAGCCAUCAGAUAGGAAGCCCUGGCACACAGCCACAGGAGUCCACCCAUGGUCAGACCAGAGGGACUGAGGUCCAGGGUCAAAACAGGUGCCAAACAAGUGAAGUGGUGACAGGAGAACACAUUCAGACACAGGCAGGGUCACAAACCCAGACACACAUCCAGACCAUGGAGCAGGACAGGAGCCAGACUGCAAGUCACAUAGGGGAUAGAGAUGAGGGACAGACCCAGAGGCAGUCAGGCAGAGGUCACAGAUGGACACAAGUGAGCCAUUAUGAGGCAGGAGAGAGAAAGCUGGAAGGACAGGCCCAGGCUGGGGCAAGCACUCUGACAGGCAGACAGGACUGGAGCACCACUCACCCAAGGUACAGUGUGACAGGCGGGCAAGGUGAGAGAGAACACACAGUGGUUACCCAGGAGUGGGUGGAUGACCACACAAGGGAGAUGGGGGUCCCAAGGCAGGACCAGAGCAGCCUGUACACUGGCAUGCAUUCAGCCCAGGGCCAGGAGGCAGCCCAGCCAGGAGGGAAGCGAGGCCUCACAGCCAUGGGGCUAUAUUCUUACUUCAAGAGCAACAAUCCAUGAAUGUCCCAGCCCCAGACUCCAGUGCCCAGUACUGGAAGAAGACAGCUGCAGAGGGGUUGGCUUGUCCUGCCCUGACCAGUCCAGCUGGCAUGUCUCAGGACAUUAGUUCUUAAUCAUGGUGUUUCUCUCUUAGGUCUUUCUCAAUGAAGACAUUUUUGCAAGAUGCUUUCUAUCCUAAAUUCCUCUCUGAGCUGCUCUGCUGUGCAGACACCCUCAGAACAGGAAGACACAGAGCCAAUCACCCAUUUAUGCCAAAUUCUCCUCAGUUUGUGGGGGUUUCAGAGCUACUUUUAUCUCUUCCAUCUGUCCAUUGCCCCAUCUAUCCUAAUGCAUCAAUAAAAUCUUCCUACGUAACG